GUGCUGAAUGUGAAAGUAACAGCCGUAUGCGUAGUGAGACAUAUCUUGUUGCUCUCAAUGGAUGGACGAUACAUUUUCUCUGGAAACAAAUGUUAUAAAAAGACCAAGAUGGAACUACAGUUAACACAGCCCUGUUGACACAAUGGACUUUCAUCUAAAAUACAGGUUGUGGUUACUUCUGAGAUGAUGGAGGACGGGGAUGGACUUAUCACUCAAGUGAUGGAGGAAAGUGAGGUGGAUGCUGAGAUAGAACAAAUCAUUGCUCAGCCACAGACCAGUAACACCAGACCUCAGACCAACAACACUGGACCUAAAUGGUCAAAUGGUCAGUGUGUUGUGGCAGUGCCGAGCUGUUCAGUGCUAAACCCCAGCUUUGAUCUCUCUCUGUGCCGGGCUAAACUGGAAAAUGAUGGCUUCCAGAUUCCCGUCACAGAUAUGGAGGUUCCGCUGAAGACAGCCCUGGACCUUCCCUCAGUCAAGAGAUACAUGGUUUUCAACUCAGCUAUCUUCCAGUUAAUACUGGCGCCGGUGCUGUAUGUGGUGCUGUGGUGCGCCGUGUUCUCCACCCUCCACCUUUUCAUCAUUGUCAGCGACUACUGGGUCCUCUGUCUCGGCGUCAGUCUAAUCUCCAUCGUCCUCACUGCUGCCAUCAUUUUUGUCCUCCACCACAGUAACAAGAAGCUCAACAUGAACUUGGACGUUCGGUUAAUACAGGUGAAUGAGAGGAUGAUGAAGCACAAACUGCUGGUGGCCGUAGCUGACUGGGUGCAGAACUGCGCUGGAAACAUGCAGCUGUACUUUGUGUACUGGGACAUGUCCCACUGUCUGAGGACACUGACUGAAACUUUAGAGGAGCACAGCUUUGUGAAUGACAUCCAGCAGAACAAACUGAAGAAGAAAAUGUCCCAUCUCGUCCUCGUGACCGAUGUGAAAGCUGCAGACCCCGAGGUGGGUGAGCUGGAUGAGGAGCAGGGCUCAGAUGAAGAGAGGCCUCUGCUGAGAAAUGAGGAGACAGGCUGCAGUACCUCAUCCUGCCAGCGGGAGGAUGCCAAAAUCACCACCAACUUCAGUCUCAUCCCUGAUGCAUCUCUACCUGCACAGGCUAGAGCCUACCAGCUGCUGAUGACUUACAGUGCAGCUUACGUGAAGCUGAUGGUAUCUGAGAAGCUGUCAGGACAGUCACACCACCGCCUGCGUAACCAGAGGAAUCACUGCACCUCCGCCCCUUUAUGCCUCUGCCAGUACAUCAAAAAGGAGAUCCUUCAAUGAGAGAGCUGUCAAACCAUGAAUCUGGUACAUGGCACUGUUGGACUACAUUGUUUUUUAAAAAGGCUUUUGCUUUGCACACGUUCUUCUGCACGGACUAACUGACAUGUAGGAGCAAACAAUUAGGUUACAUGUUUGAAGACAUUUCCAUCAAAUAAUGGAUGUGUUUGGAGCUUCACACUCGUGACACUCUUGAUUUUUCAUUUUUGUUUUUUCCACGGCUGUUUCCGGUGUACCUCUGCUGCUGUUUCUGCGCCAGCUCUGCUGUGUUUGCACCACCUGGACCCUUGUCCAUUUGGUCCCAGCAGUCUCUGCCAAAUGCUGUCACACUGAGGACACACUGAGGUCUAUUCCAGCUGCUGUAAAACAAUAUUUGUACUCCUGUACACAUGAUAACAAUGGCCUUAGUUACUGCUGUUGAAUUCACUCACACAAAUAAAUUUGUAAUGAACCUACAAAAUUAUACAACUUAAUUUUCAGAUUGUAGAUUUUACAGUAUUUGUUUUCGUCCUGAGUAAAAAUGUACUUAGCAAGACUUGUACUGUACUUCUGUCCUACACUUUGAUAUUUCCAUUUUAUGGUACUUCAGUUUAAGAUUUUAUAUUGAAAACAUACAACAAGCCUAUAAAAUGCAAGAGACUGUAAAAUAUAAGCUAAUGCAUUUCAAUCUUUUUGUCUUGUGACCUCUUACAAGAAGAACAAUGAUGUCUGUGAGUUUCACCAACACUUCUCCACUCAGCAUCACAUGGCUUUAUUUAAAUAACAGCUGGAGGCCCAAGCAGAUGCAGUGUGUGUAACAAUCCUAAAAGAGGGUCAACACAAAUCAUUGGUUUAGUUUUAGUUUCCUGGCUGUAUUAUCACAACGUCACCAGCAGCACAGAGCCCUGUGAGUUAGUUUUGUGUUCUCACACCUUUGGUUUUAUCUGUGUAGGUGGAAUAGUUAUCUGUAGUUGUAUAUUUGCAGGAGGCUGGAGGUUUAUUUUUCAACAUUAUUACAUAUUAGCAGCCUCUACCCAUCAGUCCUGAUGCUGCGGCUGAGAUGGCAGCCCAGCGAGAAGGCUGCAGGAUGACACAAACACACACAGCAAGACAGCCAGCGUGGCCCACCCAGGGGAAGCUGGGACUGUGUGAUGGAGGAGAGAGACUUGCAGCGUGAGGCCAAGUUAAAUGAUCUCAGAGAUGCUGGGUCUCCUCGGGAGGCUAAAUGGCCAUCUGUGAUCCUGCACACACAGGCUGGCUCAGAUCCCACCUUUAGUUUCUUUCUUUUCCAGUGGCCUGGUUGGGUCCAUAGAUCAACGUUUAAGAUGCAUGAAUGAAAUUAUGCAUAGUUUGUUAAAUAACAAUCAAACAAUAAUGUUAAAAGAGUCCAGAACCAUGCUAGCAGCUGUGUGACGCCAUACUUUGAGCUAAAUGCUAAAGUCAGAAUACUAGCAUGUUCACAAUGACAAUGCUAACUUGCUGAUAUUUAGCAAGUAUGAUAUUUGUCUUUGGAUGUUUUAAGGUAGUUCUUUUGAUUCUUCUAAAUACAUCCAUGUUUACUACCUUAGUGUUAGCAUGCUAACAUUUGCUAAUCGGAACUGAACAUUAAGUACAGCUGAGGCUGUGUUAGUUUGUGCAUUAGUUUUGUUGCUAUCCAAACAAAAAAUAAAGUGGUGGUCAAACUGAAGUGUUGACCUAAUGAUGGAUCAACAAAGGUACUAUUAUUAAUCUGUACCAAAUUCUGAACGAAAUUUCAUGGCUAUGCAUCCAAUAGUUGUUGAGACAUUUCAGUCACACCCACAAAUGUCUAUCUCAUGCUGGUGCUGCAGGGAGAGUUAGGCUGUCAUCAGGAUUGAAUGACUAUUAAUGCCUGCAUAAAAUGUUGUAGUGUGUUUAAAUUUCAGUUUGCAAAAUAUAAAAUGCCUGGACAGAAAGGCAUAGUCAUUUUUAUGUGGAAAGCUACAGAUGAUGCACAAAAACUAUAAACAGGCCUAUAUGUGGAAAAUAAGCAGCUUUAAAACACAAACCUGCAAAACCCUGUGAUUAGAUAGUGAUAGUGAGAGAUACUGUAGU